UCGCAUAUCCAUUUAUCGCACGUCCAUAAUUAUAGAGUGUGAGUGAGUAUUUUGUUUUUGUUUUUAUGUUCUUUCAAUUCCAAGCUCUCUUGAAUGAAGAUUUCUACACUAUCUGCGUCGAUUUUGAAAACGAAUACUGAAUUAUCUGCCACUUUGUCGUGGGGAUUUCAACCAGUCAGGAAUUACCCAAAAAAGUGGGUCGCCUGUACAUAUUCCGCAGGCCCCGUGAGUGUUUGACUCCCUUCGGAUUAUCGGCAGGUUACUCGCUGACUUGUACUGGCCAUUUUCUAAAGUACGUUUUUUGUCUACGAGCGACAUUACUCGCCCCAAGUGUGUGUUUUUCUUUGAAACCAUGAACAGACCCCUUUUUGGGAGAAGAGCAAUUGCCGCGAUUGUUAGGGUUUAUCGAUACGCAAUAUAUUUGCCGCGCUCAGAUCAGAUCGCUUUUUCAUGUGCACCCACGUGACCCCGGGUUUGUUCCCACAAAAAUAUCAUCGACUAUUUCCCCAACAUAUAAGCGAUUGCCCGAACAUCAUGGCAAAGCAGGCAGAUGCUGAGGCUUCAGAUAUUAACAGCCCACUUACCAGAACGCUUUCGGUCGAUUUGAUCGCGCCGAAGUUAACAUCUCUUUUCCGUAAAAGAAAAAGAAGCCAUUCCAAUAUUUCCUCGCCAAACAGAUCUGCAGAAAACUCAGAGGACGAAAGCCAUGAUAACAGCGGCACGGAAGAAGGCUCACACAAAAGACGCAAAGUCAAAACCAAGGAAGAGGAGGAGUUAGAGGCCAGAGAAAAAGAAUUGGACGCUGAGCUUCCCGAAGAAUACCGCAAGUUCAGGCCCUUGGGCCACAAAUUCAACUUGCCUCCCACAGACAGACCGAUCCGUAUUUAUGCAGAUGGUGUUUUUGAUUUGUUCCAUUUAGGGCACAUGCGCCAAUUGGAGCAAGCCAAGAAAUCUUUCGAAAAUGUUGAGUUGGUGUGUGGUGUUCCAUCAGAUAAGGAAACACAAAAACGAAAAGGUUUGACGGUUCUCUCAGACAAACAUAGAGUCGAGACUUUAAAACACUGCAAGUGGGUGGAUGAAGUGAUUGCUGAUGCCCCAUGGUGUGUCACGCCCAGCUUUUUGAUAAAGAAUCGCAUUGAUUAUGUGGCCCAUGACGAUUUACCCUACGCCUCUGCGGACUCUGACGAUAUCUACAAGCCUAUCAAAGAGCGUGGUAUGUUCUUGACCACACAAAGAACGGAAGGAAUCUCGACCUCUGAUAUCAUCACCAAGAUUAUUCGUGACUAUGACAAGUACCUCAUGAGGAAUUUUGCCAGAGGCGCAACCAGAAAAGAGUUGAAUGUAAGCUGGUUCAAAAAAAACGAGUUGGACUUCAAGAAACACAUCAGCGACUUCAGAACUUACUGGAUGAGAAACAGAAACAGUUUCAACAACGUUUCGAAAGACUUAUACGUGGAGGUACGUGAGUACUUGCGGGGGAGGAAGAGCGAAAACUUACACUCCGGCAAUAGCAGUCUUACGCUUGCUAGUGACACUGAUGAUGCCUCGCGUCCUUCGAGCCCAUUGACCGAGUUUGCCUCAAAGUAUAUUGGCAACAAGAACGAUAAGCCUCUCCGAUCCAUAUUGGGCAACUUUAAGGAUUGGAUUGGUCGUGAUGAUUCCCACGAUGAGGAUUCGGCAGGAGACGAGCCUAAGCGUAUCACUCGCUCUCGUUCUGCCCCCGGCACCCCCAAGAACGGGAUGAAGGAAGACGACCUGAAAUCAACACACAAGGCAAACAAAAAGCCAAAGAAACGGAAAGAGUAUUAGAAACUUCAAGCGACGAUUGUUUUGAUGAAUGAUGUGAACUAUUAAAGAAUGGGCUUUGCUCUUUUCUCAGUGAGAAAACGGAAAACGGACAACAGGCAAAUACAUACUUACAAAGGCGAGGAACGGGG